AUGGACUUCUCUGCGAUCGAUGAACUUAUCGAUCGAGCUCGAAAAAACGAUAACUACAGAACGACUGAUGCACUCUAUAAAGAGGCGAUAGCCGAAGUUGAAGCCGCUUGUCAGAAUGUAGGGGCAGGCGAAAGGAAACAGUUGCGACAUGUGAUCACACUACUUCGUAAAGAGCGAAAAGCGAGAGGGAAAGAAGCCGACAGCAUCAAAGAGUUGUAUGCAACAAUGCAAUCACUAGAAAGCCCUAUUGACGCUCCUCCGGCCGAUCCAGAUGUCUGGCCUGCACCACCGCCUAAGAGAACAACUACUCAGAAUACUCGCACAAAAUCCACUCCGAGCAAGGCACGGCUCAAUGAAACUACAGAGAAUGUGACAGUGGUCGUGAAAAAGCCGGUCCGAAAGUCGAACAGUCAAAAUGCACUCGGAGACAAGAAAACUAAACAGAGAGCAUGUCCAAAGGAUGAUGAUCCUAGUGGUUCCACAAAUGCUGGAAAUGCCACUGAAGCGGCGGAAGCUGCAGCAACUGAAGAGAAACGUGCGGACGAGUUCGUUCCUAAAGGAUACUGCCCAGUUCGGAAUCCGUCGACCAUGGCGCGGAGUAUGUAUGGUUGGACCACCAGGCACGGGCAAGACGCUUCUAGCAAAGGCCUAAAUGGCGUGGUGACUCGAGGAAAUGAUCAAGCUUCUCAGGCUCGACAUUUUGCCCCAUCCACAAUUUUUAUCGAUGAGAUCGAUACCAUUGGAAGUCAGCGUGGACAAGCAAAUGAACAUGAAGCCAGUCGG